AAGCCCAGGAGCUCAGGCUUCCCUUCAGCUGCUCCCUUCCUCUAGAGCUCUUCCCAGGAGGACCCCAGCCCUUCACACCUUGACUGUCUCCUCCUGAACAUCCUGGGCCUGGAUUCCAGUUUUAUAAAGCUUCUGAGCAGUUCCGGACCCCAAUCUGUCAUGGCGAUGUCUACAUCCAAGGUUGCUCCUUUGCUCACCAACAUGGAAGAGGCAGUUGGGUCUGUUGAGGAUAAACAAUUUACAUGCUUCUCUAAUGCUCUACCCAUUGACAAAAACAGCAGUAUUUUAUCUGUAGAAGUAGUCAAGAAUAUUGAGACCGCUGUGAAAGAUGGAAAGUUGGGAGAAGUGGUCUCCAUAGUCAAAGAUAUCCAUCAGGAAGUAUCCAGAAGCACAGUGAAAAUUGCUGUGACUGGGGACUCUGGCAAUGGCAUGUCAUCCUUCAUCAAUGCCCUUAGGCUCAUUGGACAUGAGGAGGAGGAUUCAGCUCCCACUGGGGUGGUGAGGACCACCCAGAAACCAGCCUGUUACUUCUCUUCCAUAUUUCCCAAUGUGGACCUGUGGGACCUGCCUGGCACUGGGGUCACAGCCCAGAGCAUGGGGAACUACCUGGAGGAGAUGGAAUUUGACAAAUAUGACCUUAUCAUCAUCAUCGCUUCUGAGCAGUUCAGUUCCAACCAUGUGAAGCUGGCCAAAGCCAUGCAGAGAUUGAGAAAGAGGUUCUAUGUUGUCUGGACAAAGCUAGACAGGGACCUUGGUACAAGUGCCCACUCAGAAUCCCAGCUUCUGCAGAAUAUCCAGGAGAGUAUCCGUGAGAACCUCCAGAAGGAGUAUGUGAAGGUGCCCCCCAUAUUUCUGGUAUCCAGCUUUGAGCCUUCAUCACAUGACUUCCAGAAUCUCAGAAUAACACUGAAAAAAGACAUCCCCCGCAUCAAAUUUGAGGGUCUCUUAGGAACCCUUUUCCAAAUCUGCGAGAACACUAUUAAUGAGAAAGUAGAAUUCUUUAAUAGAAGCAUAGAUGAGGAUAAUCUAGAAGGUAAUGAAAAAUUUAAUACAGGUGAUCUGGUACAGUAUCAGCAAUUCUUCCAAAACAAAUUUGUUGUGGAUGACAUAUCUCUCCUCCAGGGGGCUCUGGAUAUGAGACAGCCAGAUGACUGCUCCAGGGAUGCCAAGCCAUCCCAAGUUAGACAGAGAGACCAACAAGACGGCUGGACUGUGUCUCAGCUGUUUCCUUCUAGAACUCAAUAUAUCAUUACAGGUCUUUACUCCGCCAUUUGCUGUUUUUUCUCUCGCCGUCACAGACACACACAACAGAAACAUGUGCUUGGUGAAGUUGCUAAGGAAACCAAGAAAGUUCUGUGGGAAAUCCUGGAAAAUACCAUUUUACUUCCUCAGAAGGACUAGACAACUGAGGUCCUCUCCCAGCUCUAUACCCUACGUCUACCCAAAGUGAGCUUACCUGAGCUAUGGAUUCCAAGUUCCUUGAGGUUAACAGUCCCCCUUUCUUGAUGGGUGUCCCCCCUCAGGAAACACCAUAAUGGAUUUUGCUUUGUACCUUUUGUUUAAUUUUAUUAACUGAACUAUCUGGGAUCCCAAUAUAGGAGAAAUUUCCUUUUA